AUGUGGAAUAGGAGUGGUGAGAGAGAGUACCCUUGUCUCGCUCCUGAUCAUACAGCCAUUUGUAUAAAGAUAACUAAUGAUAUUUUUCUCCUUUCUUAUACUCAACUUCAACAAACGGAAGAAGAAAAUCUUACAGUAGUUUCAGGAUUUCUUCUUCUGGGAUUUUCAAAUGAACAAGAAUUGCAGCCCAUCACAUUCAUGAUUUUCUUCUUCCUGUAUCUGAUCACUGUGUUUGGAAAUUUGGCUAUCAUCCUAGCCACCAUUUCUGACUCCCACCUCCACACACCUAUGUACUUCUUCCUCUCCAACCUGUCCUUUGUAGACAUCUGUGUUACCUCUACCACCAUCCCAAAGAUGCUGUGGAACGUCCAGAACCAGGGGAAGCUGAUAAGCUAUGAAAGCUGCAUUACUCAGAUGUACUUUGUCAUACUCUUUGUAGGGUUGGAUGACUUUCUGCUAACAGUGAUGGCCUAUGACCGCUUUGUGGCCAUCUGUCACCCCCUGCACUACACAGUCAUUAUGAAUCCAUGGCUUUGUGGCAUUAUGCUCCUGGUCUCCUGGCUUUCAAUUGUCUCCUUAUUCUAUUGUACAUGCUUAGGAGUGUACCUAAGCUCUGCUGUUACCCACAGCUCACACUCAAGUGCAACAGCCUCGUUGAUGUACACAGUGGUCACACCCAUGCUGAACCCCUUCAUAUACAGUCUGAGAAAUAAAGACAUAAAGAAGGCUAUGAAAAGAUAUGUGGGGAUGGCAGCUACACAGGGUGCAACUGUCCUGGAGUUGAACAAGGCCAUAUGA